UCACUAAUCAAAUAACACAAAACCCUCUGUUUUUCUUCUCUCAAAAUCUCUAUACACCACAUACCAUGUCUUCCUUCAAGAGCAAAUACCAAGAUGAACUCAUUGCCAAUGCUGCUUAUAUUGGCAGCCCAGGGAAAGGCAUCCUUGCUGCUGAUGAGUCAACCGGUACAAUUGGAAAGCGUUUGGCAAGCAUAAGUGUUGAGAAUGUCGAAACAAACAGGCGCGCCCUCCGCGAACUCUUAUUCACCACGCCCGGCGCUUUUGAGUGCCUCAGUGGUGUGAUCUUGUUUGAGGAAACCCUUUACCAAAAGACAGCUGCAGGAAAACCUUUUGUAGAGUUGUUGAAGGAAGGAGGAGUUCUUCCUGGAAUUAAGGUUGACAAGGGCACCGUAGAGCUUCCCAGAACCAAUGGGGAAACCACCACCCAAGGUUUGGAUGGUCUUGGUCCGCGUUGCCAAAAGUACUAUGAAGCUGGUGCACGAUUUGCUAAGUGGCGCGCUGUACUCAAGAUCGGUCCCAACGAGCCAUCUGAGCUUGCUAUCCACGAGAACGCCAAUGGUCUAGCGCACUACGCUCUUAUAUGCCAAGAGAAUGGCCUAGUUCCAAUAGUGGAGCCUGAAAUCCUAGUGGAUGGAUCUCAUGACAUCAACAAGUGUGCCGAGGUGACUGAACGAGUUCUGGCCGCAUGCUACAAGGCUUUAAACGAUCAUCACGUUCUGCUCGAAGGAACUCUUUUGAAGCCUAACAUGGUGACCCCCGGAUCAGAUUCUCCAAAGGUUACCCCAGAUGUUAUAGCCGAAUAUACCGUUAAAGCUUUGCAGCGAACGGUUCCAUCUGCUGUUCCUGCCGUUGUUUUCUUGUCUGGCGGACAGAGUGAAGAAGAAGCAACACUCAACCUCAAUGAGAUGAACAAGAUGAACGCGAAGAAGCCAUGGAAACUUUCUUUCUCUUUCGGAAGAGCACUUCAGCAGAGUACUCUUAAGGCAUGGGUAGGGAAAGAUGAAAACAUUAAGAAGGCUCAAGAUGCUUUCAUCUCUAGGUGUAAGGCAAACUCACAAGCAACUUUGGGAACCUAUAAAGGAGAUUCUACUCUUGGUGAAGGUGCCUCUGAGUCACUCCAUGUCAAGGAUUACAAAUACUAGACUUCAUGAGGUUUUUUUGGAAAGGGUUUUUGUGCUAUUGGCAUCAACGAUAUAAGAGCUUUAUGGAUUAAUAAAGAAUAAUAGUUCCAAGUUAUAAGAGCUUUUAUGCUAUUGCAACAAGCCAACAACAUUAUAAGAGCUUUUAUGCUUCUGUUUUUCUCUCUGAUUGAGUUUUGACAUUUGUUAUUGUCAGGAGUCAUGUCUUGUUUUAAUGCAAAUUGGAUAUGAGAAU